AUGUCCAAGCGCCUCGAAAAACCUUCCAAGACCGAGUUUGAGUCCCGCCAGACGGAGCUCAAGGCGACGCUCGACGCCAAGGUCAAGACGCUCAACGCAGCGAUCGACGCGGUCAAAAAGACUCAGGGCAACGGCAAGAACCCCGCACUCGACGCGCUGCACGACGAGCUCAACGACAUCAAGAGCCAGCAGAAUGCCUUCAAGCAGGGAAAGCAGGGCGUUUUUGACGAGAUCAAGACGAUCGACCAGCGCAUCUCCGGGCGAAUCAAGGACGUGCAGGCCGCCAAGGCCAAGCUGCCAGUGCGAAACGCCGACGAGGUGGAGAAGCGAAUCGAGCAGCUCGAGGACUCGGUCGAGUCCGGCCAGCUGCGAAUCCUGGACGAGAAGAAGGCGCUCACCGAGAUUAGUCAGCUGAAAAAGUCCAAGGCUGCGUUUGCCAACAUUGCCAAGAUGGAGGAGGCCAUUGCAGCUGACAAGGAGACCGUGGCUGGCAUCCGGGCCGGCAUCGACGACUCCGAGUCGAAAAAGCUGCAUCUGCGGGCCCAGGAGAUCAUCAAGAAGAUUGAGGAGUCGCGGGCCGAGCGAAACGAGCUCAAAAAGUCGCGGGACGCGCUGUACGCAGCCCGAGACAAGGCAUUUGAGGAGAAGCACGCCGCCAACGCCGAGCUGCAGGCUCUGCGGGACGAGUACUAUGGCGCUCUCAAGCAGUACCAGGACCAGUACGCUGCCGACAUGGCUGUUCGACGGGAGAAGGAGAAGGAGGAGCGACAGGCGUACGAGAAGGAGAAGCGUCUGGAGCGGGCCAAGGCCAAGCUCGAGAUUGCGUCCACCCCUGCGUUUGGCGUGGAGAUCGUCGAGACCGAGAAUCUGCUCAACUUCUUUGAGAAGGAGUCCGGCGCCUCCCCGGCCGCCGAGUCUAAGGCCUCUUCUCCCUCGCCCUCCAUUGACCCGUCCAAGGUCAUCAAGAAGGACGUGGGCACCUUCAUGGAGGGCACCGGCGGCAAGCGGGGCAAGAAGACCCGAGGUGCCAAGGCCGGCGACAAGUUCAACCUCAACCUGACGGUGAUCGAGUCGCUUUCCGCCCUCUCUAUCGGCAUCCCCGGUUCCAAGUCCGAGGUGCCCGAGGUAGUGGAGCAGCUCAAGAAGAAGCUCAACUACUACAAGGACAACCAGGACAAGGUCACCAAGGAGAACAUCCGAAAGGCCGAGGAGGAGAUUGCCAAAGCCGAGGAGGAUGUUGGCCAGGAGCAGGAGGAGGCAUGA